UGAAUCCAAUGGCCACCUUUGAGACUUUCGACGGAUAUGUUGAGCCCGAGCUGCUCAACCGCCCUGGUACCUCUCUGCCCAAUAAACUCGGUGUGAUGUCUCAGCUCACCUGGCCCAACGUCUUGAAUGGGACCAACUGCGAGAAGCCCGCCGUCCCUAACUACAAACCUCCAUCUAAGGUCGAUGUCAUCAUCAUCGGGGCUGGUCCUGUCGGCCUCACCACGGCCGCCUGCCUUCUUCGUCAGGGUAUUACCGUCCGUAUCCUCGACAGGUCUCCUCAUCCUCUCCCAGUCGGCCGUGCAGAUGGUCUUCAAGCUCGUUCGAUGGAGGUUUUCGAUCUUCUUGGUCUUGGUGAAGAAGUCUAUCACGUCGGUAUCCGGGUCGAGCACACGACCGUCUACAAGGACGGAAAGCAGCAUAUCUUCGCCGAGUCUCACCAGGCUCCGGGUAAUGAGGCCCAUUACACUGGUCUCCACGCUUGCACGCAGACCGAGGUCGAACACCUCCUGAUUCGUGAUCUUAUCCGUCACGACGUUCUUGUCGAGAGGCCAUGCACCGCUACGUCCUAUAAGUUUGACGAGGAAGCCGACGCUUCAGUGACCCAUCCCAUCACGGUCAACAUCACCAACGAGGCUACCGGGGUCGAAGAGGUCGUUACUGCGAGAUUUAUGGUUGGCAGCGACGGUGCACACAGUAUGAUCCGCAAGUCGCUCCCCAUCGAGUUCCCCGGCGUGAAGACCGACCUGCACUGGGGUAUCGUUGAUGCCGUCGUCAACUCUGACUUCCCUCACCGCUGGACUUUCGGUACCGUCCUCAACUCUGAGCUCGGUGGAUGUCUUAUCAUCCCUCGUGAGCGUAACCUGGUCCGUCUCUACGUUCAGCUCCGUGCUGAGCCCGGAAAAGCCUUUGAUCACUCCAAAUGGGGUCCCGAGGAAAUAUUGGUCAUACUUAACAAGGUCUUCGCGCCGUACUCCUUGAGCUACGCCGAACCCGUUGACUGGUACACAAUUUUGACCAUCAACGAGCGUGUCGCCAACUCUUUCACCUACAAAGACCGCAUCUUCCUAGCCGGUGACUCAUGUCAUGUCCACAGUGCGAAGGGCGCCUUUGGUAUGAACACCGGUGUCAUGGACGCCCACAACCUGGCAUGGAAGCUCGCUAUGCUCUGCCGUGGUAUCGCCAAGCCAAGUCUUCUCGCUUCAUACGAUGUCGAGAGGAGGGAGAACGCUCUCCGCGCCGUCGCCACCUCCGCUCGUUACCUUCGCUUUGUCGGCAACUGCACCUUCCAGGCCAUCGACGGGUCCGGCGAAACCGACAAGGAGGCCGAAGAGCUCGAUGUUCCCCCUGGCGAGGACAAGGACGUCUUCUUUUUCAAAAAGUUCGUCGGCCAGGUGGGGCAGUUCCUCAUCGGCAUGGACGUCGACUACGCGUCGAACGCGCUCAACAAGCUCUCUUCCGCCGUCUCGAGGGCUCGUGCCGGCUACCGUGCUUCCAACCCCAGAGUCGCGCUCAGCCGUAAUCACUCCGGCCGUCUUUAUCACUCUUUCGGUCAUCUAGGCCAGUUCACCCUCCUCGUCUUCGCCAGCAACAUGGGGGGCCCGGUCAACGCCAAACUUCACGCCCUCGACAACUACCUUGCUAGCCGCAGCUCGUUCUAUCACGCAUACGGCGGUGCUGAUACUUUCAAGAUCGUCGUUGUCGUCCGCGCUACGCCUUCACAGGCCGACCACCGCGUCAAGACGUUCCCAUUCCUGUCGAAGACCGGUCACACCGUCUACGACGACCAGCUUCCGUUGAGCCACUUUGGUGGUGACGCUCAUGCUCUGUAUGGUGUCUCGCACGAGGAAGGUGCUAUUGUCGUUGUACGCCCGGACAGCUGGAUUGGUACCUCUUCUACUAUCUCCGAUGCUCGUUCUCUCGAGCCCUACUUUGAUGGUUUCCUCUUCAAGUCGACUGAGGGUUCUUCUUAA